GUCGGCUCGUGCUAACGCUUGCCUGCCGCAUGAACCGAGUAGUGUGAGCAAAAUUCAGCUCUGGCUUUAGUGGGCUAACUAUCUAAAAUAAUGUCAGGAAAGAGUUUUCGAGUCAGCGACGGUGACUGGAUAUGUCCAGACAAGAAAUGUGGAAAUGUGAACUUUGCGAGAAGAACGAGCUGCAACAGAUGCGGCAGAGAAAAAACAACAGAGGCAAAGAUGAUGAAAGCAGGAGGAACAGAAAUUGGAAAAACACUUGCUGAGAAAAGCAGAGGCCUCUUCAGUGCAAAUGACUGGCAGUGCAAAACAUGUGGCAAUGUGAACUGGGCUAGACGAUCUGAGUGCAACAUGUGCAACACUCCCAAAUAUGCCAAGCUUGAAGAAAGAACAGGUUAUGGUGGAGGCUUCAAUGAAAGAGAAAACGUGGAAUAUAUAGAACGUGAGGAGUCUGAUGGGGAGUAUGAUGAGUUUGGUAGGAAAAAGAAAAAGUUCCGUGGAAAGAGAGAUAGCACAUCUUCCUCAAAGGAAAGUGAAAAGAAAGAAGUGCCAAAAGCAGCAGCAGUUGCAGCAGCAGCGGAGGAGGAGGAGGAGGAGGAAGACGACGACGAAGAUGGUGACCUGUCAAAGUACAAAUUGGAUGACGAAGAUGAUGACGACGAGGAUGGAGAUCUGUCUAAAUAUGACUUGAUUGCCAGCGAGGAUGAGGAAAAACCAGCCCAGAAGAAGGGCAGCCACUCCGGUUCUUCCCGCUCCUCCUCGCAGUCUUCCAGCUCCAGCUCUCGGUCCAGGUCCAGAUCCCGCUCUAGAAGUUCUUCCUCUUCCAGAUCCGGAUCUCGCUCCAGGUCUCGCUCCAGAUCCAGCUCCAGGUCUGGAAAGGGCUCCUCUCCCCAGAAGAGGUCCCGCUCCCCCUCCUCCUCACCUGAGGGGAGACAGAAGCGCAGUCGCUCCAGGUCCUCAUCUGGAGGGAGGAAACGGAGGCGUUCUAGAUCCCAUUCGUCCGAAAGGUUUGGGUUUCUGUGGAAUACCACAAUGGCACAGAUUAUUACAAGCCAUCUGAUGAGUCGCUUAUGGGGAUGACUCAGAUUUGCAAACUAAUGUUGACAUUUGGCCACAUUGCGCUGCUUUUAUUCUAUUUUGUCAACUUUGCUUCAUGCAUACAGGAUGUGUGCACGCUGGAGCCGGCUAACCUUGUGGUUUCUUCCCUCAAUGUUUUGUGUGAUUUCAGGCGCCAAGACCAUUCAUCUGGAUCAUCCAACUCUGGCUCCAGUUCGAAAAAGAAAUAAAUUUCCUGCAGCCUUUAAACCAAGAAAAUGCUUCUUAGUGAAAGUGCAUGUUGUGUUGGAAAGAAAAUGACCACAUCCCUUCAGUAUGAUGUUCGGUGUCAUAAAGUCUCCAAAGUCUUACUUCCUUCAAAGAAAAAAAGGCAUCAUGAAUUUACCUACAAGCUCCUUUUUUGAAAACCACAUCCAUCCUGAGUGUUUGUAACUAAGUGUCCAGUUGACAAAAUGUUUUUCUCUUUACAAGUAUCAAAUAAUAGUAUCAAGGGAUUCCCUUUUUUAUAACCACACUGAUUGACAAGCAGCACAAUUAAAUUGACACUUCUGUUAAAAAAAUUUGAGCAAUUUUUAUCAGAUCAUCAGUGACCGGUUAAGAUGGGUAACAUAGCGAUUUUUUUUUUUUGUUUUCAAGGUAAGUAUAUUCUUUGAGUUUUUAUUUGAAACGGCUGUAAGUUCAACGUUCUUUGAUUUAAGGUUAAAGUGUACUUUCUUAACUUCGUGGCCUACUCUGACUUAUUUGUACUAAAUUGUUGCUUUUGCCACAAACAAAUUCCGACUUUUCCUUUUUGCUCCGGUGCAGUGUGGGUAACAUUUGUGGUCAAACGAGGCAUCAGUCUUUUUAUCAGUAAAACAACUGAAAUGUACACUUGUAAAUAAAAAAACUCAACCUUGCAUCUUAA